CAUGAUAAUGACAGCAUGGCAGAUGUAGUACAUCCAGAUUACAUUCAUAUUUCACACAUUCAUACUAUAUAGAACCUUUUUAGCGGUUGCAAAGUAAUUACUUAUUCAAAAUAGGUACCUUUUUAAGAGAGUAUGCGAAUUUGGACACAGGCAAUAUGGCAAAACCUAUAAAUGGCUCCUACAAAACCAGCCCCUAAUUGUAUUUGGCUUACCACAAAACAAUUAUCAGUAUUUAUCAAAUGAAGCCUCAAUAUAAUUAAAGGAAAUAACUUAUCUCUUUUGUUAUUGAUUGGAGGGAUGAGGGUAUCAUUCUGUAUUCUCCAAGAGUAAACUUAUCUUAAUUACAGGCCUUUAUAGGAUACUGUUUUGAGCCUUUACUUUGACGGUUCGUACUAGUCCAUUGUGAUCAUGGGGAGUCACAUGGGGCAGUGGAAUCUAGGGGUCAGUGGGGCACAACCUAACACGGGGCUAGUUGUAACACACAUGGCAGAAGAGUGUCCACACAUGCCAGCGCGACAAAACUUAGUGUAUUUACUAGUUGCCAUAUCAACACUAUAUAGAGAAAAAAUUGUGCCAAAAUGAAAAAAUCUUUGGAAGUUAUCACUGAACAUUUAUUUAACCAUAGCAAAAGUAAAUUUGUUACUGAAAUUAAGUUUUCAUCUCAGUUUUUAGUGUUUAUAUAAAAUUAGAAAAAUCUGCCAUUAUCUGCCAUUAUCCAAUCUGUUAUUUAGCCGGUUAGAUAGGUCUUUAAUGCUUUUCUAACCAGCAGAAAACACUAGCCGGGUUUAAAUCCCAGUUGCACAGAUGGGGCAUGUUGUAACGCUGCGUUACAAUGUGCCCCGCUAUUAGAAUUAUGCUAUUCUAUGAUGUUAGCGAUAUAAUUCACAUUAACAACUUUUAUGAAUUCUAUUGAAAACCAUGAGAAAGUGGUGAAUAAAGACUAAGAGUCAAUAUUCAAAAAUUAUUAAUUAUUAUUAUGUUUUGAACUAUGCUAUAAAGCUGUAUUUUGCGGUAUGUUCAUUGUCAAAAAUUUGUUUAUUUUUAAUUAUUAAAAAAUGCCAUUUUAUAUGAAAAAUUUUAUAAUUGUAUUUUAUUGACAUAUUUUAAUUUGUCUUGUAUAUUUUUUUUGAUUAGAUCAGAUACAUUUUAAGCUGUCAUAUGGUCGUGUUACAGUGUGCCCCUCACAUGUUACAACAUGCACCACCUAUGUGGCAUGUUGUCAUAUUUCACUUCCAUUCUUUCGGGGUAAAUUAAGUGAAUUUACACAAACUGAGAAAGUCAGAAAGUGUUAGGUUGUGGCCUGCUCUCCCCUAACACUACAUCACCAACUGCAAAGUUCUCUCUUCUUUUGUUUCAUUUUUGCCUUACUUGCAUUAUGGUAAGUAUUCAUGGAUCCAACACUUCCAAAAAUGUCAGCAAGGUACUUUUUAGUGGAUCUAAUCAGCAGCUCCCACACCCCUCCAUGGUGAAAAACUCCAUUCUACCUCAUGAUGAAAUAAAACCUUUUGACUACGAUCUUGACUGAGGGCAGUUAGAGCCUCUCUCAAUUCUCUUUCCACACCCACAAGAUUUGUUCCGAAAUCAGACCUUAUGUGACCUUAUUACUUGGCCUCUUCUUUAGAUAAAGCAUCUGAUGGCUUGAAUGCAAGAGUCAGUGUCAAAUGAAUGCGCAACUUCUUGAUGAACAGCUCUGGAUGUCAUACAUGUGAACAAUACUCCAUACCAUUUCAAUGCAGUUUGUCCUUCUCUGCGUCAAGCAGCUGAGAAACAAUUAUAACUCUUUCAGUAGGCUACUGGGUGAAUAUCAUACUGAUGUCUCAAAGCUGACAUGGGUGGAAAGAAAUGACUGAAUAGCGAUGGAGCAAAGAGAACCAUCAGAUUCAGAAAAGCAUGCAGAAUGUUCCCCACACAACAGAACAUCAGACACGCGAACAGUGCUGAGUAAAAUGGAUGACUGGACGGAAGAGGAUGUCUAUCAAUGGCUCAUUAAUUUGAAAGUCCCUCAGAAGUAUGCUGAAAUGCUUUACAAACAGGAUGUUUCAGGAGCUGCUCUCAUUUCAUUUCAUAAACAGGACUUCCUAGAUGUUGGUUUAACACAUGGACCUGCAGUUCUAAUCGUUAAUACCGUGGCCCUGUUCAAAACAUCCUCAGAAAACUUCAAGCACAGUGUCAUACCAAAGGACACAGAUGCAUCAGUAAGGACCUCUGUAAUACAGCAUUUUCAGCCAGAAAAAGCAGCAGCUGAAAGUCCUACCAUUGGACCUGCUGAACUGGAGACACCCACACACUUCAGCAUUGAAGAAAAUAUGGGUGGUGAAUCAAGUGUGCAGAGAUGGUCAGAGGACAUACCCAAAAAUACAAGCAGUGGAGGGGAGUUCUUCUAUGAUAUAUCAACUCUUCAAGACAAGAACGAUCUACUACUGGAGGAACGGGAUGAUGGCAUGUGCACAAAAGGGGCAAGUGGUGCACAAUCCCUGGCUUUACCUUUGACACAAUGCACAAAUAAUGUGGGGAAUGAGACAAAAGAACACCUGAGUAACUCAGUGGACAACUCAAAAAGUUCUGUAUUUUGUUGGUGUAAGCCCCGCCCCUUUGAUAAAAGCAGCACAACAUUUGUAUACGUACAAAAUGAUAUACUGCCACCUGAGACUGGUCCAAGCAAUCUUAUUGACCCUCUGCAUGAGUACAAGCUCAUGACAAACACAGAAAAAGCUUCAGAAAAGGAUGUCUUCAAAAAAUUCAGAGAUGACACAUGUUGGUUUGCUGCAGCAUGUAUGAAUUCUCGAACAAAUGGAACUAUCCAUUUUGGUGUUGGAGAUGAGCCACUGUACAAACAUGGACAAAUUAUUGGACUAGAAGUGCCAUCUCAGAGCAAAUAUAUUAAUGCAUUUGAAAAGGGUCUGAAGGAGCACUUCAAAGAAAAUACUAAUAUUGCAAUGGCGUGCAUUAGGCCCCCCAAGUUUGUUAAGGUAAAAUGUCCAGACAACAAAGACAGGUGGGUUAUUGAGAUUGAUGUUGUCCCAAAGUAUAAAUUAACUGGUAAGAAACUUUUUUACACUACAUUAGACAAGAAGAAAAGGAAGUCCAAAUGCCUUUUCAUUCGUUCUGGUGCAAGCACCAUUAAUUAUUUACCAGAAAAUAAUCCUAAAAUGUAUAAGAAAAACAAUAAGACAUUAAAACUUGAUUUGGAAUUAUGGGUUUCAUCCAGACAGUUAGCUGAAGACCACGGCCCUGUCCCACACUUCAUAUGCACUUACGGUGAUCAUGAAGUCCACGAGACUGUGCUCGCAAGCAGUCGGUAUGCGCCCUCGAUGCACACUUUUGCCAAGUCUGCACUAAAGCGGCAGACUUCUUCUCGACAGUCAAAGCGGCGUUGAGUCACGAAAGUGCAGACUCAUAGGAAGACCGCAAGUGUUUAGGGUGCCAUUUAGGACAGGGCCCAUAGCUUAAGGCCGUGUGUCCACCAAAGUGUUUUUCCUGAGGUCAGCAUAUUGUUUUAAGUGUUUGCAAUCAGAGCAUAUUUUAGAAAAUCAGCAGCGUAACAAGGCACUCAGUGUCUAUUCCGCACUGUAUGUACUCUGUGCUUGGCUUUUUUUCCCCCUGGUUGCCAAGAGUUGAAAAAUGUUAAAAGUUGGGUAUUGUUGGCUGUUGUAUGCUCACACUUGCAGUCUGUUCUUAAAAUACACAAAACCCUUCCAAUAUAUUUUACUGUCCCAUUUGUAGUUUUUGUAUGGUCUUUUGUAAUAACUCUUUUGUUAUUAUUGUUAUUUGUCAGUUAUUUACUUAUUGACGGAGGCCUAUAUCAAGUGAUGCACAGUGCACUCUGCACAGACGUAAUUUAUUAUGUACAGUAUAGAAACACAUGGUGUAUUUUUUUAUGUUCAAAUAGUAAGAGUAGGUUGGCUAGGGACUUUAUUUGAGCUUUCCUGAGCUAGAGGAGUUUUUUGUCAUAUAUAUAUAUCAUAUAUAUAUAUAUGUAUAUUUAAUAUAUUUAUAACUUAUUAAUAUAUUUAUUAUUGUACUGUACCUCCAAUGUUCACUGUCAUUUUUGUCCUAGCACAUAUAUAAUAAUUUACACAAUUUUUUUGUUACUCUCCUUAAACCCUAAAUUGACCUACUCGUAACACUGUCAAGCACACAUCAGAUUGUGGACAGAUGGGUAAGCGCACCUGUGAGUGAGACCACUAAAUGGGUUUAACAGCCUACGCUGCUGAAAAAAAUCCAACACAGACCAACAUGAGUUCAGUGUUGGUCCAGGCUGGUUUAUGCUGGUGUAGCUGAUGGACCAGUUUAGACUGAGCUGUUCUCAAGCUAAAUGGAGCUGGUGAAGCUGGGUUACCAGCAUGGUCUUUCUGGUGAAGGUGGUUGACCAAGCUGAGUUGAGUGUGAUUAUAGUUGACAUACAAGCAGCAUUGUCAUCUGAAGUUUUGAAUGACAAAAAAAAAAAAGUUUGUGAAUGAAUGCUGCGAUACGUCAACGAAACUGCUCUAUAAACACAUACAAGUAAAUGAAGGGCUGCGACUAUUCUGGACAAAAAGUGGAAUAAUGUUUACAUUUCUCAACUGAUUUCAACAGUUUAUGAUCUGUGUGGAGUACAGAAAGUUCUGUCUCCAAUUAUUCAGAAUCUCACUAGUUAGAACUUGAAAAUCAUUCAUUGUCAUAAGGAUUGUGAAAACUCGCAUGUCAAGUGUUGAUUACAUUUAUUUUUCUUGGUUAAUAGUUGUGGAGACGUCCCUAAUGUAAUACAUGAAAUGUACACCUAGUUUUUAUUGUUGAAAUGGCUUUUUCUGUCUUCAACACCAUAAUUUUUAGCUUUUUUUCGAGUCAUGUCACAGGACAAUUUUGAAUGAAUGUGAAGAUUAUUUGCAGCUCAAAACCUUAUUUAUCUGAAGCAUUUAUCUUAAGGCCCUUCUGGUUUUUAUAUGUCUAUAUGGGUUGCCUUAUAACCUUAGGCUAUGCUUGCAGUUUAACACAAAUGUUUUUUAUUUUUCAUGCCACAACAAUAAAUGUCUUUAUAUAAAUUUUAUAAUAUAGUAAAAAAAGACAUAAAGUCUCUUCGUUUUAAAUGGACAGCAUUAUAUUUAAGUCUUGCAACUUGAAAAAUGUGUUUUAUUGGUGUCUAAAAAGGUUAAACAUUUAAUUAUAAGUAUUUCACAGAUUUACUGUCAGUACACAAUAGUUAUAGUAUAGAAAUGAACUAAAUGCAUUUAUUUCCAUUCAAAUGGAUGGAAACAGAAUCACUGGGCUUAAAAUAUUCUUUAUCUGUGUACAGCUAGGACAUGACUUCCAGAAGAAGACAACAAACAAUAAAUAUCAUGUUCAUUGUAUUUGCAAGUUAUUAGCUAAUCAGUCCUAAAGAUAAAUACACAGACUCAACCUAAUUCAAGCCAACUGGUAAAGAGCUACUGUGCCUCAAAUCAAAAAUCACCAGAAGUCUUUCUGAAAAGUAUGUGCUUUUGUCAGACAGCAAAACUUGUUAUUCCUGUUAUGCAGUACCUGUUUUAAUAAAUACAAUGAACUCUCUUUA